AUGCCUCGCAACUUCCGCGAAAAGGUCGACGUGACCAAAAAUAUCAAGGGGAUCCUGGAGGCGUACCCGUAUGGCAAUGGGAUUCUGCGCGAGCUAUUGCAGAACUCAGACGACGCAGGGGCACGUUCGCAGGUCUUCAUUCUUGACACUCGAAAUCACCCAUGGGCGACCCUCGUUGACAAGGAGUUAAUUGCCUCGCAAGGCCCGGCGCUCGUCGCCAUCAACGACACACUGUUCUCCGAGGCUGAUUGGGAAGCUCUGAGCAAUCUGCGAAGCUCGAGCAAAGUAGCCGAUGAAACGCACGACUUUCCUCUGUUCUUUAUGUCUAUGCUGACGAUGACGCAGGAAGACUGGCAGGUUCGGGAUUGGAGUCAGAGCUUGCUACCAUGUCAGUCUUCCGAGUCCAUACCAGUGCUCAAUGGCUGUUUACGACCGGCGCUUCUACAGGUCACCGAUAACCCCCACUUUCUUUCCGGGCGCACACUUGUCAUCUUCGACCCGCACCAUCGAUUUUCUGGAGAGAACAGUGGGGGUGUCAGGCUUGACGCUGUGACCGAACGAACGACAUAUCCUGACCAAUUCAGGCCUUUUGACGACUGCGACUCGGAAGGAGCCUUUGACGGUACCAUUGUGCGGUUGCCGCUGCGAGACGAUGGAGCGAGGAGCAAGAUCAAAACCGAGCGGGUCACUGUAGACGAAAUCCGAUCGCUGUUCGAUAGUUUCGUCAAGCAAGAGCUGAGCACGGUGAUGCUCUUCCUCAAGCACAUUCUUUCAAUCACCUUGAAAGUUGUACUCCCUGAUGGCAGCGAGGAGCUUGUUGGCCGGGCAGAGGUUGUUCUGAAUGCGGAAGAUGUCGUCAAGCGUGAGUUUUUGGUCGGAGAGGAUGAACGUACCGCGUCGUUUCACUGCGCGAUUCGGGUGGAUGUCCCCCAAUCCUCGUCCAAUUCCCAGACUUGGCAUGUCUUGCAUUCAGCCCGAGAUAGAGCAUCGACCGCUUCGUUGAUUGGCGCCAAGCUCGGGUACGACGUCAAAGAAAAGCUGCGGGCCGACAAACUGUUCGCGCAUGUCGCACUCGCGUUCCCGGUCUCUCCCUCUGACGGAUUCCGUGGCCGCCUGUUCACCCUUCUCCCGUUGCCCAUAUACACCGAGUUCCCGAUGCAUGUCCAUGCCAUCUUCGCAUUGACUCAGGACCGUCAGAGCCUGCGGAACAUCAACGAACUCUUACCGGAUGCAUGGGCUUCGUUUCUGCUGCAGGAAACAUCCGCUGGGUGGUGGGCCUGGCCGCCAGCGGCAACACUUUCGGAAUACUGGGCUCAGAUCUUGCCCAAUCUGGUCCGAGUGGUGCUGGCCCAGGAUAUGCCAAUCUUUCCUCAGCUAGAUGCAGUCAACGUACCUAUCUCGGCGGCUCUGCUCGCUUUGAACGAUGCGGAUCCGGGUGUUUUGAUGGUCCUCAGGGAACUCGGUGUCUGUAUCGUCCAGCCACCGCAGUACAUCACGCAGCAGAUAUUUGCUAUCGAACCGGGCGCCACUAGGAUGACUCCCACCACUAAUAAUCUACAAAGUCUUGCUCAAGCUUCCGAAGCAAAGAAAGACCUCCUCUUGCGAUAUCUCGUCGAAUCACCAGGGUCACCCGCCUGCAUCUUUGGGCUCCCUCUUCUUCCGUCAUUCGAAGGCUCGCGGGUGUCGUUGAUGCCAAAGCAACCCUACGUGCUGGUCGAUGCUCAAGCAGGCCAGCUGUUCGGCGAUUCCAGUGUCAACGGUUCAUUGAUCGCACUAGAACGGCUGCCCGUUGGUGUCGACCAAUUCACUUUGUUCCCUGGGCUCAACUUCUCGCGAUUUGGUCUUGCUCAAGUCCAGGCUUAUCUGCAAGGAUCGGAGUAUUGUCUUUCUGCUUCUGACGAAGCAAUUUGCACUGACGCGCAAAGGAUUUGGCUGCUCAAGUUCUGGCAAUGGUUGGCCUCAUCCCCCAUAUAUCGAUCUUCCUGGCAGAUCCUCUCGCGCUUUCACCUGCUCCCCACCACCCGCAGCACUCUUCGACGACUCGACUCUCUUGUUCUCUCACCCAUGAAAGAUUCGGGAACCCAGUGUGCCUGGGAAAACCUCGGUGUACCGUUCUUGGAUCCUAGCUUUGCAGACUGUGUCGUCGAGGCUGCCCUUGCUGACACGGAAGACGUCAAGUUCAUGCUGGAGUGCAUCACGGUCGAUCCGUCGGCUUUGUCGACCGAUCAACUCGGACUCAUCCGGGAGCAUCUCACCGUUUGCCUCCGGACUGGUCGCAAAAUCUCUCUCGAGACAAGGACGCGCGAAGUUUAUCGCCAACUGCCGAUCUUUCCGACCCGAGUUCCACACGAAGGCGCAUACCCAAGAUCACAAGUUGUCUAUGGGGCCGUGGCCUCGAACGUGAUCUGUGUGGCUAUCGAGGACUCGCAUGCGAUCCCUUUCCCAGAGGCAGACUCUACUUUCGUCGACGCCACACAUCGUAGCAGGAGUCUUGUCGCUCUUCUCGACGCUCCCACCUUCAGUGCGCCGUUGUCUGAAUGCGGCGUCCUGGAGAUGUGCAUACUCCAAGACCGACUUGUAAACCAGCCCCCAUCCAUCUUGGAUUCCCUUCUAGAUCGUAUCCUGCACCGUCUGUCUGAUCUGUCCGAUGCAGCCAAAAAACGACUCAAGAACACCCCAUUCGUCACCGUUGAUGGUGUGUCCCGGCGCAUGGCACCCAAAGACCUGAUCUGUCCAGUGUCGCCCUUGGCCCAGCUGUAUUCAGGCGAGCCGGGGAGGCUGCCGUCCGGGAAAUGGGCUUCAGGCAUCUACCUCGCUCAAAUCACAAGCCACGUGCCGUUCCAGUCUAGUCUGACCCGGGACAUGGUUGAGGAACGGAUCGCCUUCGUGGCAGAGAAGGGGGAUCCCGUCAAAGCGAGGCAUCUCCUCGCCCUGAUGGAUCAGGAAUGGUCAUCUCUCAGUGCAGACGAUUUGAUCGUCCGAUCCCGCGACGUGUGUUGGAUCCCUUCCCAGUUCGGAGUGGAUGGGCCAGUGACACUGGAGGCGCCUUCAAAGUGUCGAGGCCACGGGGAUGAUCGACACCUCUUCGACUUGGUACUGCACACGAGUGAUGCAGAACCCAUCAAGAGUCCAGCAUUGCGCCAGGCAUUGGGUUGGGGCGGCGCGGUUCCCGUCGAUGUUUUGAGACAACAGUUGGAGAAGACUCUCGAUCUGAGGGACGCGAGGAGGACCGGGACGCGCAUGCGGGCUCUCAUUUUGGCGUUUGCGGAUGUCCACGCCGACGAAUGUCCCCCAGCCAUCUUGCAGUCUAUCGUCGCGGGGUGGCCUUGGAUCCCGGUGCGAGAUGAGCUGAUCGAGACGAGGCAUGCGUUGUUGGAGCGGGCGUCUCGGCUAGAUCGAAUCGGCGGGUUUCGCGUUUUGCCGAGAACUUUUUCGGACGAUGACAAUGUGGUGGCGUUCUUGAAGAGGAUGGGGUGCGAUGCCACGCCGAGUCUUGAAACGCUUCUGUCCGAGCUACAUUUGGGUGUCUCCGCGAUUUCUCUCUUGCAGGCGAUCGCCCCGUUACUUGUUGACUGCUCAGCGGCUGAAUUCGGGAGGGUCGUUGUCCCAGACGAUCAAGGAUCUCUGCGUCCGAUCGCAGAGCUGUACUAUCCCGAUGCUGCCUCCGAUCCUCUCAUGCUCCUUGAGCGAUUCCCAACCCAUGCGAGCAUAUCCAAAUCCGAUGCGGUCUCGUUGAGAAUUCCGUUUCUGAGUGCACUGCAUCUGGACGGAGACGAGGGCGAGGACGAGGACGAAGAUCAAAUGGGAGAAGACCUGACCACGCGGGUCUCCAACAUCCUCAAGGACUAUGCGAUCAACUACGCCUUGAACGAGUUCCUCGCCAAUGCUAUCGACGCGCAUGCCACCCAGUUCUCGCUGCUGUUGGAUGGAGGCUCGUACGAGGAUGCGCGCGUGAUUGCUCCCGGCUUGGCGGAUCUGCAGACACGACCGGCGCUGAUUCUGUGGAACGACGCCGUCUUCGAUGCAUCUGACUUCGCUGGGAUCAGGAAGGUCGGACAGGGAGGCAAGACGGACAAUCCGCACAGCAUCGGUCGGUUCGGGCUCGGUGCGCUCAGCCUGUUCCAUUUCGGGGACGUAGUGCAGAUCGUGUCUGGGAAGAGUCUGCUUGUGCUUGACCCGACGGGGCGGUACUUGCCUCCGCUGAAAAAGAGCGGAAAACCCCGCACGGCGCUGCUUCGAUCGCUGAGUGAUGUAGCGAGAAGGUGGCCGGAUCAGUUGGCCCCAUUUGAAGGAGUGAAUGGGUUCAAGAAUAAGAACUCGGAAUAUCGUGGGACGUUGUUCAGAAUAGCACUGCGCACAUCGAGCAGUGCGCUGGCCGUAAAACCGGUCUCCAGUUCUCAGUGCUUGAACUUGAUCACCGCAAACUACUUUCAGCUCGCCAGAGAUGCUAUGUAUUUCACGCCUCUGAUGCGAAUACAGGCCUCGAAGAAAGCGCCGGGCAAAGUUUCAGCACUGUGGGAAGUCUCUGCCAGUAGAAACCCACUGGUGGCUGAAGACACCAAUCACGAGUACCAGAUUCUCACAGUGCAAGCGGGCAAGCAUGCCAUACAACACUGGGUUGUCUCGAAGUCUGUGACGUCCCUAUCCGACGUUCCUCCUGAGCACAUGCCGUCCGUCACACGCAAGGCGGAUCUAGUAGUGCAGAUGGCUAUGAAGCUCCCCAAUCGCGCGUUGAGCGAUGGACGCCAGCACAAGCGAGCACUGUUCUCAUCCCUCUCGCUACCCAUCGAGACGUCUCUUUCCGCCCACAUCUCAGCUCCGUUCGCACUGUCCCCAGAUCGCAGGAACAUUCGGUUCGAGCCUGCCGAUGGAUCGGGGCGGAGAGUCCCUGAUGCAGCAUAUAAUGUGUGGAUCCUGAGCGAGCUGGUGCCGCGAGUCCAUCUUGCGCUCGUUCAUUGCGCAACGGAUGCAGCCACCCGGAAAGUCGUCGCGGACUUGGGAUCAAGCUUCUCGCCGUUCCAGUGGUGGCCGGUCCGUCCCAGCUCCGAUGGUGGUGUCUCGCACGAUUCGAUCUCGCGCCUGGUCGUGGAGGGAUUCUACAGACAUGCCUUGGACUGCGAGUUGCCGAUAUGCAGGAUCGUCAGCGGCGAACUGGCACCUCCCAAAGAGAUCCUCGUCAUGCCAGCUGGCAACUGGACUGUCGGAGACGUCCUCGAGAAGCUCAUGAGAGGGAAGCCGGGAUCCCGAUUCGCUGUGCCGCCCACUGAAGUGCACCGCCUGUUCCUGCUUGCCAAAAAGGACAGCGCCCAGUCCAAGAAUCUGGUCGAUUCGUCCUUUGUCAAGGCUGCACUCGAGACUCACGGGGAAAAGCUGGUCGAGUUGUAUGAGAAAGGGGAGCACGGGAUUACCACGGCGGCUGUCCACGCGAUGGUCUUGGAUCUUGGAUCUGUGUCGAUUCAAGGACUCCCCUUGCUGGUCCUGGCUUCCCCAGGCCGCCGCUUAGUCCGUCCUGAUCCCGCGGUCGUCCGUUACAUCUGUGACGCUCCGGGGGCCUACACGGGACUUUUCUCACCCGAGACGUUUCUCGAUCCUGUGUCGAGCGAGGUGCGGGAUCUGCUGCUGAGUGGUGUGAGCGAUGCCAACGUGAAGCUUUUUGAUGCUGCGGGCGUUCUGGAGCUCCUGAGAGAGAAAAUCCCACCGGCGAACCGCGCUCGACACAGCGCGGAGACACAGGAUUGGAUCGCUCGCUUCUGGGAUGUCUAUCCGACACUUCCGGGUCCUCCGGCGCAAACAUCGUUUGCUGACCUGCCGCUGAUCUCGACCAACGAGGCAGACCAGUUUCUGUCCGAGUCGUUCUGCCAGUCCAAUGAUCGCGUGUUUUCUCAUCCUGUGAAGGAGGACUCGGCUUUGUUGGCUGUGAUGGGGAAACUGGGGAUGUUGUUUUGUAUUGAGGCGUCCAUUGUCAAACCAUUCGACAUCAACACAUUCUUGGAAGCGGUCAGGACUACACGCGAACCACUUUCGGCACUGGAUUUCGAGGAGGUGCAGAAGGUCGCGCAGUGGCUCACGCUGCAUCUGAGCCAAUGCACGGGCUCGGUUCGCACUGUGCUCGCCGGCCUGCCCAUCUGGAUUGCACGUGAUCGCUGGACGGUGGUCAAAUCGGCGGCGGAUACGUGUCUGCUGAUGCUCCCCAGAGGAGUGCACCCGGAUUCGUUCAACCGUUAUGUUCGCAGUGGAGUCGCUCUGGCCGGGUAUAGCCCGGCGUUGCAUACUGUGCUGCAGUGGUGUCGCAAGAGCCCCAGCGGUGUGGUGGAUCGGGAAUCUCUUCUGAGAGCACUGCAGCUUCCGACUGCCCUGCACAGCCCCGAUGAUGUCGAAGCGUACCGCGAGCUACUGAAGGCGUUCCUCGAUGUCCCAUCCAAGUCGUCGGCGAUGGCGAUGAUACCCAUCCCCGCUGGUGACCUCCAGCUGCGGCCUGUGGACAGUCUGUACGACAAUGAGGUGGAGCUAUUCGCCGGGGCCCUGCAAAGCCAGAGUCAGAGCCUGUUCGUGCAUCCCUCGUUUCGCCAGUUUCAAGACCGACUGGCGCUGCGCCGCGAACCAGUUGACCGGGAUGCGUUUCUGCUGUGUGCGAGGACCGUGCACGAAGACCUGACAGAGCGUGGUCUGGCUGAAGACGAGGUUCUGGAGCGCGCUAAUCUCGUGUGGGCGUUCUAUUCGGCCCACGAAUCGAGGCUGGGUGUGUCGCCCGGGUCAUGGGAGUCGUCUGAUCGGCUGCGUUUCGUGGUGCGGGCCGAGACGCGCUCCACGUCGUCCACGUUCCCAGUGCUGGACCAAUAUCUAGAUGACAAAGAUCCCCACAGGACUGUGUCCCCAAAUGAGCUGCUGAAGGCGGAGUACGAGCCGAUCGCUUGGACGCAGCGGGUGUUGUUCAGGAAAGAACCGAGCUGGCAGUUGACAAGGCUGAAUGCCUCACUCGGGGUGCCGUCUGUUGAGCAAGUGGUCAAGCAUCUCCGGGUGCUAGCGCUAGAAAUCGCACCCCACCAUGAAUACAACCGUUCUCUUCUCGGGCAGAUCCGGAGCACAUACAAGUGGCUGAACUCUCACUGCACUUCUGCGCGGGAUUACCUGGUGCAGCACGAGCAGGACGCCCUAUUCCUGAACGUCGCAGAUCCAGAGGACAGAUCCGAGUCCUGGCACUGGCGCAGCGCCGCACAGCUGGUGUUCGACAUCCCGCGGGACUUCCCGAGUACGUUCCGCGUGCUCGAGUUUCUGCUGGAGUGGCGGGUGCUGGUCGUCGCUGCGGGAGGCAGUGUCGAGCGCGACGUGGAGGAGGAUCCCUCCCUCCUGGACGGCGAUCCGGGCGCAGAUGGCGGCGAUGCGCUGCGGCGUGCGUUCGACGGCAUGCGGCAGAGCGGGGAGCUGUGUGAUAUGUGGCUGGUGCCGACGGAUGACGCAAGCGCCACGGACGAGCCCGACGAUGAGCUUCGUGUGCAUUCGGCGUUCCUGGCUGCUGCGAUCCCGCAUGUCAAGAUCGGGCUGCUGGGUUGGAGCGAGGGAGUGAGCAGAGUGUAUGAGUUUCCUGGGACGCGAUUCGGUGCGCUUGCGCUUAUCGAAUUCAUCUACACUGGCCAGAUCUCACAUGUCGUAGCCUCCUGUGACGGAGAAGCAAUGUUGCUGGUAGAAAACGUGCUCGCGCUUCUCUCCGUUGCCGAUCUGUGGGACAUGCCACAGUUGAAGGCGGAGGUGAUGCGUAUCGUCCGGGCCAACAAGCUGCUUUCGCGAGAUACGUAUGCACGGAUUCACGAGGCAGCGGAGGAUUCUCGGGACGAGCGGCUGGUGUCAUAUUGUGAGAAGUGGAGGGAGAUCAAUCCGAACGCAGUGUUGCAGCUAUGAAAAUGUCUGAUUUCCGGGACUGCUUUCAAGUUUAGGUUGGAAGGCUGACGCGGUCACUCGACUCUCUUGUGGAUCUUGCGACUGAGACCAGGCGUGGAUGUUUGUAGUAUGCUUGGCAUCCAUUCCAACGUCCAUUAGAUUACAACGCACAUAUUCCACAUCACAUACAACUGCGCAUUUCUGUUCCGCCGCUUGAGCAGCGAUCCGACUCGAAUCUGGUGUCCUGCGUUUCUUCGUGACCUUGGCAUCGUUCUGUAAAGUCGCUUCGGCCCGGCGGCGGGAGUCUGGCCGCUCGUCGUUUACGUUCGUUCGCAGUCCCAGCAGCGUAGGCACCACCACCACUGGACACGCCGGUAUCGGUGCUAGCAAGUGACAUACCGGAGCCUGCGCCGCUACCAGAUCGCUCAGGGACGCGCACAGUAGAGCGACCACCGGUGCCACUGCGACUGCCGAGUCUGAUACGACUGCCGCCCGAGACACCGCUCGUAGCACGAGCUCCAUCGAAACCGGCAUGGGAGUCGGCGAUGCUCUGUGGUGCAGAAUACGGGACGCUGCCGUCGUCGGUGGGUUGGACCAUAUCGUUCCAGCUCGCGAGGCAGCCGGUGAACUCUACGAGGACCUUCAAGGGGCUCAUUUUCGUGGACGUCUGAACGGGGGCGACCGUCACCGGCUCCGGGGGCAGCGUGAAGCCAAAUAGAGUGCGCUGACCGGUCGAGCAGUGCUUCCUAGCUCCAUCCAGUUUGUAUUGUGCAGAAACCACCAUCUUCCUGACGAAUCUUGGUGUCUCCACCUCAGUUUUGGGCAUGGUGCUCAACAUCUCCUCGACACUGAUCAUAACAUGAAAAUACUUGUCCAUCGCGUUGUCCCCAACUUGAAGGCUGUUCCCAUCGUCUACGCGACGAGAUUCGUGCGUAUUUUGAAUGGAGCGAUGGCCCGAGCCAGGCUUCGACCCCCGCGGCGACGAUAACGGACAUACAAGCAGCACCAAAAGGGUUUUGCGGGGUAGCUGGGCGGACAGGAGGGCAUUCACCCUCAGGCUGUUCAACGAGAUCAGGGUUCAUGAGAAAAAAGAGCGAGCGAAGACAAACAGAUCGGUCGCGGUUUUAUAUGGAUCUACGCAGCCAGAUUGGGCCAAUAAUGCAGGGAGAGCGACGCGCUUUACGGCGGUCGUUCAGAAGAAGCAAGGCCAGAUGUCUCACGUGCUUUCGGCGUGACUGAUCUACUCAUCCAAUCAGGGUCGAGAGCACUUCCAUAGGGGACCGGAGUCAAAGUUGUGAUCUGGCUUACACCGACGAGGGGACGGUAGGCUAUGACGUCUCAGAGCUGGGCGCCGGCAAAAAGGUUCUGUCGGUGGCACUGGGCAGAGGUUCAGCUGAGCGAAGGAUGGACGUCGAACAGUGUCACCAUGACUCGUCACGGCCUCACGCACAUAGGCCCGUUCGCUUCUUCCACUCUCGAGACAUACACGCCGCCAUGUACAGAUGUUAAGAAAGCAGUGGUGCAAGACCCAUGCGGAAGAAGGCUGGAAAUACUAGAGACCGACCCGAGUUCACUUUUAACGACUUGCAAGUUGCUGUCCGCCUCGAACGAGGCACAUCAUCCCACUAUCAAGACUGAAACUUCUGCCCUGUUCUUUGACCCCUUCGGGGUGUCAUACGAAAAAUUGGAACGAUACAGAGAAGAUUAGCAUGGCCCCUGCACAAGGAU